CUUGCGUGAAAACCAAUGAUAAAAUAACACGUCAUCAAGUGUAAGGAAAGCUCCCCAAACUAGAUAGCCUAAUCUGCAAAUCCCUCUCGCUCGCUAGCUUCUGAGCUCAGAGAGAAAAUAUCUUAACCGAUGAUUGAGUCGGUCAUGGCCGUCCGUCUCUCCACCGGAUUCUCCUCUCCGGCGGCGUUACUCCAGUAUCGUCCGGCACCGAGCACGGAGGAGGGAGUGAGCUGCUUCCAUUACGCGUCCCGCCGCGUUUUUCAGCCUCAACGUCUCAACAAUACUGCUUCUUGGAGUGGAUAUCUGAAGCACAACAGUGACUAUUUAACAAAGAAACACCCUAGGAAGAAUCGAACUCAAGCCACAGCCGAGUAUGUAGAUUCAGCUUCUGACCCAGAAAAGCAAACUGGCAAGUCGAGGUAUCAUCCUUCAGAAGAUAUUAGAGCCUCUCUGCCACAGAAUGCUGGAGAUUCCAGGCUUUCCCCUGCAGAAACUACUAGAACCAUCAUUGAGGUGAACAAUAAAGGAACCUUGAUGCUUACUGGUUCAACUGGUGAUGGAGUUCUUGAGAAUAUUCUCUGGCCUGAUAUUCCUUAUAUUACAGAUCAGAAUGGAAAUUUAUACUUUCAAGUUAAGGAAGAUGAGGACGUCAUGCAGUCUGUUACCUCUGAAAACAACUAUGUGCAAGUAAUAGUAGGCUUUGAUACGAUGGAGAUGAUCAAGGAAAUGGAGCUGAUGGGUCUAUCUGAUAGUGACUUUGACACCGAAGACGAUGAAAGUGGAGGAGAAGAUGACAGUGAGGAAGAUGGGGAUGAAGGAGAAGAUGAUGCGGAGGAAUGGGUUGCAGUUCUAGAGGAUGAAGAUGAAGACGAAAGUGAUGAUGAUGAUGACUAUGAUGAUGAUGAUGAAGAUGACGAUGAAUCGCUUGGUGACUGGGCAAAAUUGGAAACAAUGAGGAGCUGUCAUCCCAUGUUUUUCGCAAAGAGAAUGUCUGAGGUUGCUGCAAAUGAUCCUGUAGAUUGGAUGGAUCAGCCGUCUGCUGGCCUUGCCAUCCAGGGACUGUUGAGUCAUAUCUUAGUGGAAGAUUAUUCAGAUAUCCAACAGAAACUUGCUGACAUAAAAUCUACAAGUACCAAGGGAGACAAGAAUGCUGAAAACUUAGAGGAGAAGCUUGAAGACACUAAUAAGGCAGAUGGUGAUGAUGAAUCUGAGAAGACGAGAAAAGUGGUGGCGUUUUACAAGCUGGAGAUGAUAAGAAUUCAGCUUAUUACAGCACAAGGGGAUCAGACUGAAGUUGAAGUGGAAGAUGUCAGAAAAGCACAACCUGAUGUUAUUGCUAAUGGAUCAGCUGGAAUCAUAAGCCGUUUAGAAGAGUCUGGUGAUAAACUAGCUGAAGCCCUUAGGUCUUUGUGCUGGAGAUACUACGGUAUUCAAGCAGAGGAAGUGAAGAUGAUAGGGUUAGAUUCCCUUGGUUUUGACCUGAGGCUUUGCGCAGGAGCAAAGAUUGAGUCAUUGCGGUUUGCAUUCUCGACAAGAGCAACAUCAGAAGAGGACGCAGAGGAACAAAUAAAAGAACUAUUAUUCCCGACAACAAACCAGUCGAAGCCACUGGAAGAACCCAAGGGAACAAGUCAGACGGAGUCUUCUUAAUGCUGUAGUGAUCUUUAAUGAAGAUGCAUGUAGGAAACAGUCCCAUGAAUCAAAAUCCAAACUGCAAAUGCAUUUUCUGUGGGACAAACAUGAACAAGGGUAGGAUCUUUGGGAUAAAGCAUUCAAUUGAUUUUCUACGCUGUGA